GCGAACUACCGGCGGCCGGAGGAAGCGGGGGCGGCGGGGCCGGGCCCGAGAACGGGGCAGAACCCCGGGAUCGGGAUGCGGACACGGCCCGGGACGCCGCCUCGUUGCCCGGAGCGACACCAUGCACCCGGCCGUGGCGGUGGGGCUGGUGUUCGGCGGCUGCUGCAGCAACGUGGUGUUCUUGGAGCUGCUGGCCAGGGAGUUCCCAGGAUGUGGGAACAUCGUGACCUUCUCCCAGUUCCUAUUUAUUGCGGUGGAAGGUUUUAUCUUCGAGGCCAACUUCGGGAGGAAGCGCCCGGCCAUCCCCAUCAGGAACUAUUUCAUCAUGGUGGCCAUGUUCUUCACCGUCAGUGUGGUCAAUAACUACGCCCUGAACCUGAACAUCGCCAUGCCGCUGCACAUGAUCUUCCGCUCGGGCUCUCUCAUAGCAAGCAUGGCUCUAGGGAUCAUCAUCCUGAAGAGAAGGUACAGCACGUCCAAGUACGCCUCCAUCGCCCUGGUGUCCCUGGGCAUCUUCACCUGCACUUUGAUGUCUGCAAAGCAAGUGGCAUCUGACUCCAGCUUAAAUGCAGAGGAUGGACCCCAGGCUUUCCUCUGGUGGUUGCUGGGCAUUGCUGCCCUCACCUUUGCCCUGCUGAUGUCUGCCAGGAUGGGCAUUUUCCAGGAGACCCUGUACAAGAAAUUUGGGAAGCACCCCAAGGAAGCCCUGUUCUACAACCACGCGUUGCCACUCCCGGGAUUUCUGUUCCUGGCUCCCAACAUUUACCAGCACGCCGUGCUCUUCAACCAGUCUGAGCUGUUCCAGGUGCCAGUGCUCGGCCUGACCCUGCCAAUCAUGUGGUUCUACCUCCUCAUGAAUGUCAUCACCCAGUACGUCUGUGUCCGUGGCGUGUUCAUCCUGACCACGGAGUGCACGUCGCUCACGGUCACCCUGGUGGUGACGCUGCGCAAGUUCGUCAGCCUCAUCUUCUCCAUCCUCUACUUCCAGAACCCCUUCACAGGCUGGCACUGGCUGGGCACUGCCUUUGUCUUCGUGGGCACCCUGAUGUACUCUGAGGUGUGGAACAGCCUGGGGCCCUUCCUGGCACACUGCCAGAGGAGGAGGAGGCCGAAGGAGGAGUGAACCAGGCAUUUUCUGCAGGGAGUGAAUCCAGGCAUUUUCUGCAGGGACCUUUGAGUUGUUUUCCAGAGCAGAGCAGCAGGGAGCCCCCCCCAGGGGGUGUUUUUAUAACAAGGGAGGUGUUGGCAGUGCCAAGCUCCUGGGAAAAUGGGGAUCCUCUGCUGGGGACAGAUUAUGGAGAAACAAUCUGGUUAUUUUUUGUCAGUCAGCAAUUUUUUUAUGUGACUCCUUUUUUUUUCUUUUUUUUUGUUUUUUCUUUCCCCAUCCUUUUUUAAGGAAAAACUGUCUCAGAGCUUUGUUGAGAACCCAACUUUUGUGUUGUUGGCUUGGAUCAGCUGGACCCUGAGCCAGUUUGGUGCUGACCUUUAAUUGUCCCAGAGUCUGGAGCUGAUGGCUCAGCCCCAUUCCAGAGGGAAUCCCUGAUCCCUGUGCUGGGAGAAUGUGGGGUACAGCCCCAGCUGGAGCUGCCAGUGGAUCCUGAGAGGGUUGGGUUUAUUUUCCCUCUCCCAGUUCUCCUCCUAUCCCUUGGGAUCAGCUCCCUUGUGGCUUUUGUGUCAGCCUGGCCCAGGCUCCGUGUCCCUCAGUGUCACCUCUGGUUGGUUUUCCUGCAGUUUUCCUGGAGCAGCACCUUGUUCCCAUGGUGGUGCUGCUGUCCCUGCUCAGCUGGGACAGUUGAGGCAUCCAGGAGGGAUAAAGGAAAAAUGGAAAAAAAAAAAAAUCCCAACGUGAUGGAAAGGCAACACCUCCCUCCCAGGCAUUCCCUGAGCCAAGGUCACCUUUCCAAAACUUCUUCCUUCUAUUUUUACUGCUGAUUUUUAUCAGCUCUCUGGGAUAAUCCCAUUCCCAGCUUUCCUGGCCUCAUCCUUGCUGGGAGGAUGUGGGAAAAGCCAGGACCUGCAGCUCCAUCCCAAGGUCCUGAAGGAAUUUUUUCCCCCAGUUUCUGUUUUUCCUGAGCCUGAAAAAACUGAAAUUCAAGUUCCAUGGGAUUUUUCCAAGGCUUUUGUAGAUGGGGAGGCUGACCUGGUGUAGGUCAGGUGUUGUUCCAGCUGUUUGUGGUGGCUCCAAGGACAUAGAGAGAGGCAAAACUUCAUCCCUGAUUUUCAUUUUCCAAGCUCUUCAACAUGGACCUUCAGCUGGAACUGGGGAGGGGGGAAAGCCAACAGAAAUUUGGGAUGAAGGAUUUUAGGAUCAGGGUGAGAUUCCUCAGAGAUCAAACACGGUGGGGAAACAGUUGGAGCUAACUCAGGGUGUUGGAUCCAGGGAUUGUUUUAUCCAGGGAAUGUGGGAUCCAGGCAUUGUUUUACCCAGGGAAUGUGGGAUGCAAGGAUUAUGGGAUUCAGAGAUUGUUUUUUCCAGGCAUUGUGGGAUCCAGGCAUUGUGAGAUCCUGGGACUGUGGGAUGCAGGGAUUGUAGAUCCAGGCAUUGUGGGAUGCAGGGAUUGUUUUAUCCAGGCAUUGUGAGAUCCAGGGAUUGUGGGAUCUGGGAAUUGUUGGAUCCAGGCAUUGUUUUAUCCAGGGACUGUGGGAUCCAGGGACUGUGGGAUGCAGGGAUUGUGGGAUUUAGAGAUUGUUUU